UUCAUAUAAGUUGGCAGCUCGUUUCGCUGUGCCGUGAAUUUUACACAAAAUUCUUUGUUGCUUUUAAGAGCGAGCCUGCAAAGAUCGGCGGCCGAAUACGGAUUAAUUUGAUCAACUCCAGGCUGUACGGAGAUAAUAUGCGGGCGUCUGUUAUCACUCGCACUUGUGCCAGUGGAAGCCGCCAGCGAGCAGAACAGCUGCUGCCCAGAAACAAAAGCAAAAAGCGCAGCAGCAGCAGCGAGCAAUAACAAUAGUCCAAUAACAAGAAUCGCAAUCAGUAGAGCCGACCCCAGUCACAUCACAUUCAUUUCUGUGCGAGUGGGGAGGAGGGGAGGGGAGCAAAGGCCUACUUAGAACUCGCCCACAGUACAAUGAAAUGAACCACUUGUGAGACGGGCCACAGAAGAAUAACAUAACAGACUUGAGCGGAGGAGCAACAGGUGACUCAAACCCCCAAGAUGACGGAGCAGCAGCAGCAGCAGCAGGAUCUAUGCCAGUUUUUGGCCUUGCUGCCACCCGAACAGCGCCAAGUCUUUCAAGACUUUAUUCAAUGCCUCAGUGGCACAUCGGGCGGUACUGUUCAGUCCUAUCAAAGUCGCUUGCAAGCCUCACUCCACGAUGCGCCAUAUCCCACGCUCCAAAUACUGCAGAUACUCCACGACAGGUCAAAGUUGCACAUUGGACAGAUCAUCAGUGCGGUGCUGAGUGAAAUACUGGCAAACGAUAUCACAUCACGUUCCCUUUGUGUGCUGGCAAACUUUCCGUCAUGCAUUUUAGCGGCGGCCACGCUGCGGCAGAAACUUAUGACGCGUCUUGUGUGUGAUUCAGCCACCAGCGAGCACUUGCUACUCGCCUUGUUGGCACGCCAGGACGGAGGACAGCUGCUGGAGGAUCUGCUUCGGGAGCAAAAGCAAGCCAUUCAUCAGCAGUGCAGCGAGGGAGCACCCACAAGGCAACUGGUGCUGUGGCUGGCCCUUGGCCAACGCGAGAACUUUGUGCCCACACUGUGCCGACGGCUGAAGGACUUUCAGUGCUUUGCGGACAAAACCUUGAGAAAUACUCUGCUGAUCCUCAAGCUGGCCAAUGAAUUUGCACUCGGACCGCAGACCCUCGAUGAGUUGGGCUACCUGGAUCAGGCUCUGGCCGCCUUUGAUGUGGCUGCCGUUUCACCGGAACUCCAGCCGGUCCAUCAGUUCUUCUACGCGGACUUCCAGCGUCUGGCGGUGCUGCUGCAAUUCCUACGCUCGCGGGAGGUCAGCAAAACGCUGAAAGUGGAAGCUCUGCUGCGUGCCCCGGGCGCUCUGUCACUGGUGUACGACCAAAACAUUCGCUGCGACAGCCAGGAACUGUUCAAGCUCGUCGAGGACACAUACAAGUGGCAGCAGCAGACGCCGGCGCUGAAAUGCCUCUACCAUCAGGAGAUGGAGACGAUCAGCUACUACACGGCUCUCGGCCAUGUCUACAAUGUGAUAUUGGAUCAGGACGAGGAAUCAUCCAUCAAGUCGAAGCUCCUACAGCUGUCCAGUCAGCUGCGACAGAUCCAUCAACUGGGCACGCUGUGCUCCCUGCUCGAGGACAUCUUUCUGCUGGUCUUUCUGCGAUGGGAGCAGCUGGACCAAACCGCACAGACCACACGUCGCAGCGAGAACAACAACGACAACGAGGAGGAUGACGAUGACGAUGAGCAGUAUGUGGAUGAUGAGGCACCGGCACCACACACGGCGCCACGACAGGCGACGCCUAGGGUACAUUAUGGCUUCAUCUGUCGAGCCCCCUCCCUGCAGGCUCUCUUCACAUUCCUCAAGAGCUUUGUCACCAAGAAGCUGCACUCGCAGGACUUCAAAUGUGCCAGCGACCAUCAGGCACGUUUCCAGCGACUGGUGGAUGCCAUUAGCGAGGCCCUCUGGAAGUUUGGUGUCCUGCAAAAGAUUGAGCAAUCGCUGGCCAAGUCGGCGCCAUCGCUGGGCUGUCUUCUCGAGCCGGAGCAACUGCUUCAGCUGGUUCAGUUGCAUAGCAGUGCUAGGGAGAAGGCCUCAAGCGAUGAUGAGAGUCGAGAGCGCAGCAAUCAUGCCUCCAGUCUGACGCGACGCAAGGCGCGAAAACAGCGACGAGCGAUCAGCUUUAGCGGCACUGUGGACAUGGAACAGUAUAGGGCUCGUGCGCAGCUGCUCAGCGGCGGAGGCAACACCAAGAGAGGCGUCGUCUCGAACGAGCGAUCCAUCAUUCCAAAAAUGCUGAGCACGCCCGAACAGCUGGCCAUCAUGGCGCUGGCUUUGAAGAACUUUAAAGAUGUCAAGCAGAUUAUAGAGACCUUUGGCCUGGAGCACAGCCAACUAAAUCGCGAGCUUCAGUUCAUGGAGCAGCAGCAGCUCAUCAAACAAAAGCUGGCCACCAUUUAUGCCAACUAUCGUGCAUUGGAGGCCAAACAGGGCAGCCCUGCCGGCACCACAGUGGAGCAAAUCAAAGGCGUGGCAGCCAAGGGCUUUGAGCUGUCCAAGAUCAUCAGUGUGGUGGAUAAUUUCGCGCAGGCACAGGCCCAGCGACUGCAACAGAGUCCCGAACUGAAGAGCCUCAUCCAGCGGCACAGCGGCCAUGGGCAGUAUGGAUUUUUGCAGCAGUUUGAGGAGCGCAAUCUGAAUGCUUUGAUCAUUUGCGAUUUGAUUGUUAAUCUGGGCUUCAAUCGGGAGAUUACGUGCAAUCUGCUGCUGGUCAUACGCCGCCAGCAGCAGCAGAAGCAGCCAGCGACAGACGAAGGAGCAGCAACCUCCGCCUCCUCGGAAAUUGGAGCCAUGAAUCUCUUGCAGAAUUUGUGCGAAUGCAUGCGCCUGUUGGAGCGUGCUGGCCGCCAACCGGCACUCAAUGAGUUGCUGUCGCUCCAAAGCCAGCCACUGCGACCCUCUGUGCUGGCAGUGCAGUUACAGCGGGAGGCUGCCUUUACCGUGCUCUAUGGAAAAGAGCCCUCGGAUUACGCCCAUAGCUCGGAGCUGCGUGCCCAAGGUGUGCACUUCCAGCAGCUACGCUCGCGACACAAUUAUUAUGGCCGCUUCUGCGGCUACAUACAGCAACUGGCGCGUCUACUGCAGCUGCGUGAUCCCAAUCUGGAGUACCACAACAGCCAGCUGCUCAGGAAUGAUCCCUACGAUGUCAUCGGGGAGCUGAUCUACGAGUGCAACAUCACGCCGCUGGAGAUUGAGGCCAAUGUGGCGGCACUGCAUCUGAAUUUGGUUCAUGUGAUUGCCCUGAACAUUUGCCCACAGCUGGGGCAGGGUCUGCGCAGCCGUAAACAGCCACGCGUGGUGUCGCCACAGAAGCAGGAGUCCAUCCACAACUACAUGGCGCAGCACAAUCAAUUGCUGGCUCAACUGCUGUUGGCCGUGCAGCUGGGCCAGCAGCUGCCUGCGUGCAGCGAGGGUGGCCUAGACUUUGCCUGCCUCUUGCAAUUGCAGCAACUGCCAGAAGUGGAGGUGCUGGCCGCGAUGCACGAGGGCAAUCGAUUGCUGGCUGCCCUGAAUGCCUACAAAUUGGAUAGCCGGACCUUGGAGCAGCUGGUGACCAGCAGGGAGCUGCUGUUGCAGAUUCUACUGCUUGGCAUCGGUGGACAGUCGGAGUCUUUGGAGCGUCUAAGGUGCCGCAUAGAUCAUCUGAUACGUGAUCUGAUCGAGGAGGAUGCCCGUAACAUUCAGUUGGUGGUGCACAUGGAUGAUCUGGGCCAGCGGGCGCGUCUCCUAAAGCAGCACUUCACCAAGAUACCGAGCAGUCAGCAGGCCAAGGAGCUGAUUGAGCGCACGUUGCAGCAUCGCCAGGCGGCGGCUGCCAUUCCGCCGGCGCUACGCAGUCAGUUGGAGCAUACGCUGUCGGACAUUACGAUAUAUGCGCGCGUGUCGGCUCUGCUGCAAUUCGAGAGCUGGCCACAGGCCUACGAUUUUGGACGCCAGACGCCGAACGUGAUCUUUGAGCAGCUGCUGCAGCGACGCCGCUACGGACUGUGUCUGGAGUGGUGCCGCGUGGUGUUCCAAACGGGCUCCGAGGGUCAGCAGCGGGUGUGUCUGUUGACACUCUUGGAUGCGCUGCUCGAGCUGAGGGAUGGCGAGGAGCUGGACGGGUCAUUGCUGGGCAUCGUCGAGAUGUUUCCGCCCCUGACGCUGGUCAAUUUCCUGGACACGCACAAGGACAAAUUCCGUUCGCUGUCGCUGCUCCAAUGGGUCAUCGACUAUCUGGAGCUGCAUGCACGCGAUCCGCGUCCCUACCGCAACUAUCAGCUGUCCCUGGUGCUGCUCGGACAGAUGGACGGGGCCGAGCGUCAGCAGUUUUGGCGUCUGCUAAGGCAUCCGCUGCUGAUCGUCGAGCAGCUGGUUAUGAAUGCACGCUUUGAGUGGCUGGCAAAGCUGCUGGACGCAGCGCGGGCCCGACUGCAGCGUGAGAAGCCCUUGGGGCCGUGUCCCUACUGCUUCGAGAAGCGUGGACAUGCCUACGAUGUGCACUCGACAGCCACACAGCCGGGAAAGCUGCGCUUUCAGUUGGGCCAGGCCACAUCCGAGGCGUUUAUUCUGCUCAACUUUAACUCGUAUCAGCAGGAUCAUUUUGUGGGCCAGGAGUGCUUGGAUCUGCUGCUGAGGAUCUAUGCCAGCAAAGCGUUGGACUACCGAUCAGUGCCCUCCGCCGCCGCCGCCUCCGCCACCGAACCGAGCUCCCUGGGCACGGAUCUGCAGCGCUCGCUGGACUCGCUUUGUGGCGUCUUUGUGAUGCCCAAGGAGGCGCCCAGCCGCGAACAGUGGACGCCCGAUGAGGCGGCCAAACAUUGCAUGUGCUGCCGCCGGGCAGCCUUUACCAUGCUGAUGCGACGCCAUCACUGCCGUCGUUGUGGCAGAGUCGUCUGCUACGCCUGCUCCACACACCGCAUGCUCAUCCCCGAGCUCUACGACCGGCUGGAGGUGCGCAUCUGCAACGAUUGUGCGAGUGCGCUCAGUGCCACAGCCACAGGAGCCGCAGAUUCAAGCACAUCGCGGGAGCACAGCACUGUGUCGGGCUCCCCAUCGCUUGUGGACUCGUGCAAGUGGCGCCUCAGCGGCAACAUCACACACGACAAGCUGCUGCGCGAAGAGUUCUCGUACGAGCAUGCGCCCAGCGUGGCCAUGAGUCUGUCCAUACUGAGGCACCAUCAGGAUCAGCGGACAUGCGUUGAGUUGCUGCUCUACCACUGCCGGAAGCUGGAGAAGCUGAUUGUGCCCAAUCCAGAGGUGGAUUACGGACUGGUCGCCAAGAUGAUCAAUUGUCUGGCAUUUGCGGCCAAGGUUCGUGGCGCCACGGGAGAGUUUGAGAAUAUACGCGAGCAUUCGGAAAUCGUGAUGGCUGUGGUGCAGCAGGGCUGUGAGUCGCUCGUACCCGUGGGACCGCUCGAUAGUCACAAUUCACGGCAGCUGGCCGAUGCCUUGGUCGAGGCCGAGCACUGGACCUUGGCCCUCGAAGUGCACCUCAAGUUCGGCUUUGCCACCACGGGCGUGAUGGCAGCCCAUGGACUGGCUUGUCUGCGUGCCGGCUGCUAUGAUGCGGCACGUGAGAAGUUUGGCCAUUGCAUGACCCGUCUGUCCAAUGAGCAGCUCAAUAGCUGCAUCUACAAGAACAUUUUUGGCGUGGGAACGGCAGCGCAAACGGAGGCCGUGCUGCUGCCCAGAAAGCGACCGCAACGGGGACCUGCGCUGCUGCAGGAGAUACUCCAGUUGAUUGAGGCCAUGCCUCAGAUUCAGCCCCAGCCGGAGACCCUGCAUCGUGCCUCGCUUAUACGCAACUCAAACACAUCGCUGGCCUCGCUCUUCACGCGACGCCGUGAGCCCUACAUCCAGCAACGGCCGUUGCAAGAGCCCGCCCUGAAUGUGAUGAAUGCCUUGGCCAAUCUGAAGAACAUUGCCAAGGGCCAAUACGGGGGCCAGGGCCAUGCGACGGUCAGCGAGGAGAGUCGCCGCCAGGGACGUGGCUUCGAGGAAUCGCUUCACUACGUCCUCACCUACGGCAGUCAAGGGGACAUUCUGUCGUUCCUCAUGCAGCGCGAAGAGCUGCGCGCCGCGCUCCGCUACUGGCAGCAGCAGCAACUGGACACGGAUCUGUUCAUACAGCACAUCUUUCAGCCACAAUUGACCACGGGCCAAUUGCCUGUCUUGGUGGAGGAGUUGCAGCAAUUAGACGAUGCACAGCUGGGCGCCUGGCGGCUGCCACUGCUCCAGACCUGUCGCCAUCUGGAGCAACAGCAGCAACUGAAUUCACUGUACCAGUUGCAGCUGCUGCUCAAGGAUCCCAUACGGGCGAGCAUGACCUGCGUGAAGUUCUAUGCGCUGCAUUGCGAGAACUUCCAGAAGUUACAGGCCAAUGCCCAGCACUUGCUGGCGGCACACAUGCAUCUGCAGGGGGAACUGGAUCUGGCCGAGUGGGAGCAUCUGCAGCGACAGCAGCAGGGACGGCGCGUGAGCGUGGUGAGUGCCCAGGGGAGUAGCGGCAGUAGCCAUGGCGCCUGCUUUGCCAUGCAAAUGGAUGCACGUGCCCUCAACGGACACAUCAACACCAUACGGCGGCAGAUGGAGGUGGCCAAAUUCUUGUCGCAGUGCGAGAGGGAACAGCCGGCCGAUGUGCAGCCCCUCAGGACGCUGAAAAUACUGAAACAGAUCCGACUCGAGUCCAGUCGUGGCACGUUGCCCACUUUGUUCGAGGGUGUGGCAGACAGAAUUCAGCUGUGCAUUUUGGUCCUUCUAUGCGGCAAGAACAUCGAUGAGGGUUUUGGCCUGGUCUACGGCAUCAUACAGGACUACAAGCUGUCAGCCGUGAAGGUGUUUGGCGGCACAGCCAAGUAUUUGGCCCGAAAUCAACGCCUCUCGGAGGUGGAUCGUCUGCUGGACUGCAUUGGCAGCAACAAUGGCGGUGCCGUCACCUCGGAAUCCGAUGAGAUACUCUCCAUAGCCAUCAAUGCGGCCGUGCAUAGCAAUUUGCCCGAGACAAAGCAGACCCUGGACCGGCUGAUAAAGCGCAUCUCAAACGUGGAGCUGCGCAUCUCCUCCUACAUGUAUAUUGGCCAGCUAAAGUCCGCCUAUUUGCUGGCCAACAAGUACGAACGGCUGACGGAUAUACGCAAAAUUCUCAGGCAAGCCGAGCUGACCAAUCAGAUACACAUCAAAAAGCUAUGCGAAAUGAAGUUGCAAUUAAAUCAAGCGACAAAUGCAACAACAGCAGCAACAGCAGCCUCAGCGUCAAUGCCUCUGUGAUAAAGUGAUAAGAACCCGCCCCCCAAUUCAGGCAAUAUCAAUUAUAUUAUACAUCAUUAGUACCGUACCUCUUUUUUGGGGCCAGAAUAGAUUAUUUUUAGUAGCUAACAUUUAUCGUAGAUCAAUUUUAAUAUUUCCAAAGCCCCAAAGCAAGUAUUCUCUCAUCAAAACCACAGCUCAAAGACUUCUUCCUUAAGUAACCAAAUUAUAUUAUUGUUUGUAUUUUAUUGUAUAUUUAUCUCAAUGUUAUCCAAGUUUACUUUUUUAUUACAUCAUGUUAUAUAUAUUCCCAGAAA